AUGGGUAGAAGCCGUGACACUCCCAACAAACGAUGCAAAGGGAGUUAUUUGUUUUCUAAGAAAAAUAUCUUCAUCCGAUUUGGCACUCCAAGAGAGGUCAUCAGUGAUGGAGGCACCCACUUCUGCAACCGAGCCUUUGCAAAGUUGUUGGAGAAAUAUGGCAUUCGCAAUAAGGUUUACACUCCGUAUCACCCACAAACAAGUUGGCAAGUGGAGGUGUCAAACAGAGAAAUCAAGAGUGUCUUGACCAAAACUAUAAAUGCUACUCGAACUGAUUGGGCGAAAACAUUGGAUGCUGCAUUAUGGGCCUACCGCAUUACAUUCAAAACUCCGAUUUGUAUGUCACCGUACAAAUUGGUAUUUGGAAAAGCGUGUCACUUACCGGUGGAUUUAGAGCAUAGAGCUUUUUGGGCAUUAAGGCAAUUAAAUCUUGACAUGGAGGCCGCUGGUACGAGUAGACUCACAGAGCUGCAUGAACUUGAUGAGUUCCAUUACCAUGCUUUUGAGAGCAGCGGGCUUGUGGUACUAAUUGCUCGUGAAAGUUCGCAAAAGGCAAAGGCAACGGCAAAGCCUUCUACGGAUGUCCUAUCCAUAAAGAAGCGCAAACAAAGUGAGGUUACUUCACGCAAAUCUGUUAAAGAAACCACGUGGCUGAGCCUUCAGAAAGGCAGCAUUCGGGAGGUGCCGGCUUAUGAGGGAGCUGAUGAUAUUGUGACUGCACCCGACCGAGUUGCUAGAUAUCUCGGCGAUACCUCCGGAGAAUGGUCCAAAGUGGGGGUGACAGAGACGGAGAAGCAGAAGCUGAACCAGGAUUGUCCAUUAUUGGGGUCGACCAAGAAGCUUUUGGGAUUGUCACCGGGUAGCCCGCUCCACUCGUUUGAGGAUCGGAACAUUAUUCCUCCAUCUCCUGAUAGCGGCUAG